CAAAAAACUUCCUAGAGUGUAAUUAUUCAGUUUUUGUUCAUGCUUUUAGGCUACCAUUCUUCUAUUUACUGGUCCACUUUCUGGCUUUGCUGUUUUAUAUACUAUUGGAAAUAUUAUAUCUCUUCUUAGUACUGGUUUCCUUGUCGGUUUUAAGAAACAAAUAAAAACAAUGUUUGCUCCAGUUCGGUGGUUUGCUAGUGUAGUUUUCCUUGGAGCAUUAGUGCUCACCUUGGUUGUCGCGUUUGUACUACAAAACGGUGUUUUAUGUAUUAUUUUAUGUAUUAUUCAAUGGAUGGCACUAUUUUGGUAUUGCGCCAGUUACAUACCUUACGGAAGGUAAGAAAUCACAUUAAUAACUUAUUUAUCUAAAAAAAAUUAAUUUAUUCGUUUUAAAUUUUGCUUAGAGCUAUUAUCAAAAAAGUUCUCGGAAGUUGUGUUGAUAGUAUAUAAUAAAAAAUUGGGUAGCAUUUUAAAUUAUUUCUUGUACAAAAUUUUGAAAAUUUUAAUUGAUAUAUAUAUUUUUUUAAGAAAGUUUUUUGAUGUAGUACAUAUUUUUUUCUAAAUGUUGUUUUAUAUUAUUACCAGUAUAUUAAUUAUAUUACAAAUAAUAAUAUCCCCUUCAUUACAUAAAUUACAAAUAUAAUAAGA